AUGACAGAGAAGCUACAUUCGCUGUCGACGCAUAUCGUGCCUCCGAGUCAGACGACCGUUACGAGCCCUAAGCCGGUGCCUGUCCUGCUGAACCACGCGUCCAGCAAGGCCGAGACGGUAGAUGAAGAGCCGUACACGAUCAAAUGCAUCUGCCCCUUCGCUGACGAUGACGGGAACACGAUAUACUGCGAGACAUGCGACACCUGGCAGCAUAUCGAAUGCUAUUAUCCCCACAAUGUGCAAGACGCCCUGCAGGAGGACUUUGCGCACUCCUGCGUCGACUGCAAGCCGCGACUGCUCGAUCGCCAUCUUGCCAUCGAGCGACAACAAGCCCGCCGCGCCAAGGUCAAGACCGCCGAGAACUUAACCGAAAGGAAACCGAAGCGACCGCCGUCCAAGAGUCACAAGAAGAAGACGAGGCCGAAUGACCUCCAAGUCAAUGGCCACAGCGGUUCGGAUUCAAAUGCGAAACAAGCCGGCGAACAUCACGGUCACAAGAAGUCCAAGAGCACCCACCGACCCAGUCAGUCGAUCAGUGGGACCGCAAAGCGCAGUCCUUCCUAUGGCCAGAAGACUACCAAUGGAACGUCUCAUGGGCACCCUCCAAGUCCUGCCACAACCCCUCCCGAUAUUCCGACGGACGUGGAGAUUCACAACUACUCGAGCAGUUUCUUGACCUUGUACAAUGACGACCGCGACAUCCAGAUCGUCUCAACGAACUCUUUCGCCGGCCUCGAGAUCUCCAAUGUCAUGUCUUUUUGGCUGCGGGAUCACGAUAGGUUACAGCGCGAGGCUGGCUGUGAUUACAAGGAUGUCUUUCAACAACUUCCACCCAACAUUGAUUCGAUCAAAAGGACACCAGUGAUAUCCCACAAGGAGCACCUGAUGGCCCCGGAUACAGUCUUGCACUGGCAAUAUUUGACUACACCACAAUCGAUCGAGAAGGAUACUCCUCUCGUCGAACUGAAUGGCCAGUUGGGCUUCCAAAAAGACUACUGCGCCGACGAGGCAAACAGAUGGGCCGAGCUCAGCUCGCCCCUGCCGUUCGUCUUCUUUCAUCCGGAGCUACCCUUGUAUAUCGACACCAGGCGGGAAGGCUCGCUUGCCCGCUAUGUACGGAGAAGCUGCAGACCGAACGCCACGAUUGAUACCUACCUGUCCGAGGGCUCGGAAUAUCACUUUUGGCUUGUGAGCGAUCGUCGAAUUGCGCCCAACGAGCAAGUCACCAUUCCAUGGGAUUUCAGAUUUGAGAAUGGCGAGCGCGGAAUGAAGACUCGCCAGUUACUCGGCAUUGGUGUGGGAGAGAUGAGUGAACUGCCGGAUUACGAUCCCACCCAGAUUGAGCAGUAUGAAGGCCUUCGUACGUGGCUCUCCCUGAUCUUGUCAGAACACGGCGGUUGCGCAUGCGAUCUUGGUUCGGACUGUGCCUUCCGGCGAUUCUACAGGAAGUACAUCAACAGGUCACACUCAAAGUCGGGAGCAGUCAAAAAGAAGUCGCGUAAGCCCAAGCCUCACGCCAUUUCUCCCACUAGCACUGGCCAUGCGACGAACAGCCGCGCCCCUAGUGAAGGCCAUGGCGACGACGUGCUCGAUAACGACUCGGGAUCAUCACACAGCAAGCCACCCAGCCGGGAUAUGACGCCUGCACCACGUCAAGGGUCCUUUGACACGCUGGGAAUACUGACCGAGCCAACCGACAGAGACAAGCGAAAGGUUGCCAUGGUGGAGGACUCCUUUCGUCGGAUGGAACAGCAGCAACCCCCGCGGAAAAAGAAGAGGACCUCUGAUGGUACGGUUGUAUCAAAAGGCAAGCGGAACUCGUCGGGAUCUGCUGCUGGCUUGACCAAUGGUUUGGGUGAGAGACGCUACGUUGAUGCUAGCACCAAUCGAAGCAUGUCCGGCUCACCUCAGAGUGCCAUUGCACCAAACUCAGCCAAUCAUUUCCGGGCACCCGGCUCCAGACAUGGAUCUAUGCCGAUUCCAUCCCGUCAUUCGUCCGAAGGUCCUCGGCCUGUAUACUGUGAUGCCGCAGUUCAAACCGAUGCGGUGGAAGGGGAGUGGUUCAGCUCGGCACGGUCGACACCUCGGGCGAAGAGGCGUGUAGUCUCACUAUCGAAGCGCUUGCUGGAAAAUCGACAUCGCUUGAGAGCCGACCUAGAGGAGCGUCGAAGGCUUUCGACUGCCUCGCCCACAUCAGUUGUGUCCGCCUUAGUUAAGAUGGACCUCGAUUCACCUAAAGUACAGAACGACCGUCUACAGUCGCCUGUCACAAGCAAAGAUAAUCUGGGAGCGACCACUGUCAAGACUGAUUCAAGCGGUGACGCCGUGAUGUUAGACGUACCAAUGGCAUCGCCGACUGAUUCGAAAACGGCUUCCCCUACAGAGACUGCCAGUUCGCCCAACGUUGCUGUCAAAUCUCCAGAACUUCGAGUUCAGCUACCACCAGUUCCCACAUUUAACAGCACAGCCUCUGUCUCUGCUGCAACGACACCUAUGUCUGCGACAGGAACAAUAGUGCAAUCGCCAUACUCAUCGGGCAAUCUCCCCAGUCCUUUUGGGGCCUCUGUUACCACCAAUGGUGUGGCCGUCCACCCCAGCCCGGUGAAAAAGAAACUGAGCCUCAGUGAUUAUAAGAGCAGGUUAAGCAAGGCGGCGGCAGCGAAGCCGGUGGGGGCAACGCUGAAGCAGCCGGUGCCAAUCUCGGAAGAGGCGAAGUCACCAACGGUCACGGACGUGCCCAUGUCGGAUUCGCCAAAUGCGGAAAAGACUGCAGAGCAAUAA